GCCGAGGAAUGCGCUGCGCUCGUGAAGUGUGUCCGUUCAGAGAGGAGAAAAGCCAGAGUGUGUAUCAUGGGUUUGUAGCAGUAAAGCUUCUCCUCGUCGGACCAGUUUUUCCAGUCGGAUUGAUUGACAACACACAGAGAGAACAGCUCUUCCACUCUCUGGCAGGGAGCGAACAUGGAACAAUAAAACACAUAGAACAGCUUCAGAGGAGUCACACAAGUCGAUUUGAGAUCGAGGGUCUCUCAGGAUGAGUGCUCGAGCGCGGGCCACUUCCCAGGGUUCUCUGGAGGAGCCAGAUGACGAGGUGGUGCCCUACAGCGACGACGAGACAGACGACGAGUUACAGUCGGAAGAUGAUCUGGAUCGCAGCGAAGACCAGCUCCCGGAACCGGAAACCAUACCCGCACCUGCCGCCGGUGAGCUUGAGGACGGAUCCAAUGACAGGGAAUAUUGCAAUCAGCCCCAGUUCAAGAAGAAGGUUUUUCUGUGCAUCAAGAAAAGCAAAUAUUCUGGCAAUGCAAUCAAGACCUACAAAUACAACGCCUUCACCUUCCUGCCGCUGAACCUGUUCGAGCAGUUUAAGAGAGUGGCCAACCUCUACUUCCUGUGUCUGCUGAUCCUGCAGAUCAUUCCUCAAAUCUCCACGCUGCCGUGGUACACCACCCUGGUGCCGUUAGUGCUGGUGUUGGGCAUCACUGCCAUUAAAGACCUGGUGGACGACCUGGCACGACACAGGAUGGACAAAGAAAUCAACAACAGAAGGUGUGACGUGCUGCUCAAUGGCAGGUUUGAAAAAACCAGAUGGAUGAACCUACAAGUUGGUGACGUGGUCAGACUAAAGAAAAACGAUUUUAUCCCGGCCGAUAUUCUGUUGUUGUCCAGUUCAAAUCCCAACAGUCUGUGUUAUGUAGAGACGGCGGAGCUCGACGGAGAGACGAAUCUGAAGUUUAAGAUGGGUCUCAAGGUGACUGACGAGCGUCUUCAGGAGGAGAAUCAGUUGGCCCGGUUUAAUGCGUUGAUCGUGUGUGAGGAGCCCAACAACCGUCUGGAUAAGUUUGUGGGAACGAUGAUCUGGGACGCUCAGAGUUACCCGCUCGACCUGGACAACAUGCUGCUCAGAGGAUGCAAGAUUCGCAACACGGACGAGUGCCACGGCCUGGUCAUAUUCGCAGGAAAUGACACUAAAAUCAUGAGGAACGGAGGGAAGACCAGGUUCAAGCGCACCCUGAUAGACAAACUCAUGAACUACAUGGUCUACACGAUCUUUGUGUUGUUGGUUUUGUUGUGCGCUGGUCUGGCCAUCGGACACACGUACUGGUACGAGAGCAUUGGCUCGAAGGCCUGGUAUCUGUACGACGGCCUCAACUACUCUUCAUCUUACCGAGGCUUCCUCAGUUUCUGGGGCUACAUCAUCAUCCUCAACACCAUGGUGCCCAUUUCUCUCUAUGUGAGUGUGGAGGUGAUCCGCCUGGGUCAGAGUAAGUUCAUUAACUGGGAUCUGCAGAUGUACUACGCUGACAAAGACACGCCGGCCAAAGCCAGAACCACCACACUGAACGAGCAGCUGGGACAGAUCGAGUACAUCUUCUCUGAUAAAACCGGCACGCUCACGCAGAACAUCAUGGCCUUCAAGAAGUGCACCAUUAGAGGACGCACUUACGGUGAUCCCACCAGUGCAGACGGUGUGGCCUUGGACCGAGGAAAGCCUGUGGAUUUCAGCUGGAAUGAGAAUGCCGACAAGAAGUUUGAGUUUGAAGACCAUUUCCUCGUUUCCUGUAUCCGUUCGAAGAAGGAUCCGCAAGUACUGGAGUUCUUCAAACUCCUGUCCUUGUGUCACACCGUCAUGGUGGAGCAGAAAGAGAAUGAGCUGGUGUACCAGGCCGCGUCUCCUGACGAGGGCGCUCUGGUCACAGCCGCACGCAACUUUGGGUUCGUGUUCCUGUCCCGAACGCAGGACACCAUCACCAUCAUGGAGCUGGACCAUGAGGAGACCUACGAGGUGCUCGCUCUGCUCGACUUCAACAGCGACCGCAAGCGCAUGUCCAUCAUCCUGAGAUUUCCAGAUGGUAGAAUCCGUCUGUACUGUAAGGGCGCAGACACUGUGAUCUACCAGCGACUGGAUGCCAAUAGUAAGAAUAAAGAAACCACGCAAGAAGCUCUGGAUAUCUUUGCGAACGAGACGCUGCGAACUCUGUGUCUGUGCUAUAAGGACAUCAGUCAGGCGGAGUAUGACGCCUGGUCUCAGAAACACCAGGCCGCCAGCGUUUCGAUGGGGAACCGUGAGGAGGCUCUGGACGUGCUGUACGAAGAGAUCGAGAAAAAUCUUCUGCUGAUUGGAGCAACAGCCAUUGAAGAUAAACUUCAGGACGGCGUUCCAGAAACCAUUGCAAAACUGGCCAAAGCUGACAUCAAGAUCUGGGUUCUGACCGGAGACAAGAAAGAGACGGCUGAGAACAUCGGCUUCUCCUGCCAGCUGCUGACCGACGAUAUGAAGAUCCACUACGGAGAGGACGUGAAUGUUCAGCUGAGGAACAGACAGACCCAAAGGCGCAACGACCCUCAAGGACGCAAUAAGAAGCUGAAGGAGCCGUUUUUCACAGAGCCCGGCAAGAACGCGCUCGUCAUCACUGGAGGCUGGCUGAAUGAGAUUCUGUAUGAGAAGAAGAAGAAGCGCCGUCGCUUGCGUCUGAAGAAGCUGAGGAAGCGGCACACAAACUCCAGCAGCGCUACGGACAGCAGCCAGCCUGUGGACGACUGGGAGAAGGAGAAGAGACAGGAGGACUUCGUGGACAUGGCGUGUGAAUGCAGCGCGGUGAUCUGCUGCCGCGUCACGCCCAAACAGAAGGCCAACGUGGUCAGUCUGGUCAAACGCUGCAAGAAAGCCGUGACCCUGUCCAUCGGCGACGGAGCCAACGACGUCAACAUGAUCAAGACUGCGGACAUCGGUGUGGGCAUCAGCGGUCAGGAGGGGAUGCAGGCCGUGAUGUCCAGCGAUUACGCCUUCGCUCAGUUCCGUUAUCUUGAGCGCCUCCUGCUGGUCCACGGACGCUGGUCCUACAUCCGCAUGUGCAAAUUCCUGCGCUACUUCUUCUACAAGAACUUCGCCUUCACCCUGGUGCACUUCUGGUUCUCCUUCUUCAACGGCUUUUCCUCACAGACGGCAUAUGAAGACUGGUUCAUCACGCUCUACAACGUCUGCUACAGCAGUCUGCCUGUUCUCCUCGUCGGCCUUCUGGAUCAGGAUGUGAACGACAAACUGAGUUUGCGCUUCCCGAAGCUGUAUCUCCCGGGGCAGCAAGGAUCGCUGUUCAACUACAAGAACUUCUUCAUCAGCUUGUUCCACGGCAUCUUCACGUCCCUCAUGAUCUUCUUCAUCCCGUACGGCGCGUUCCUGCAGACCAUGGGACAGGACGGCGAGGCUCCGUCUGAUUACCAGUCCUUCGCUGUGGUCGCAGCUUCAUCGCUCAUCAUCACCGUCAACCUGCAGAUCUCGUUAAACACCUCCUACUGGACGUUCGUGAACUGUUUCGCGGUGCUCGGCAGUAUAGCCAUUUACUUCGGCGUCAUGUUUGACAUCCACAGCGCAGGAAUCCACGUCAUUUUCCCAACCACCUUCACUUUCACAGGCGCGGCGUCUAACGCUCUGAGACAGCCGUACCUGUGGCUGACCAUCAUCCUGACGGUGGGGACCUGUCUCCUUCCCGUCAUCUGCAUCCAGUUCCUCUAUCAGACCAUCUAUCCCUCGGUCGGAGACAAGGUCCAGAGGAACAGGAAGAAGUACGAGCUGGAGGAUGAAGAAGAGGAGAAGAAGAAGAGGAAGCCAACGUUCCAGCGUGGCGGACGCUCCCGUCGCUCCGCUUACGCCUUCUCGCACUCGCGCGGCUACGCCGACCUCAUCGCGUCAGGACGCAGCAUACGCCAGCGACCGCGUGUCCGGCCCGAGCUCAGAGAGAGCAUACGAGAGGUUCCUCAGGCCGAGAACAUCUGAAACCAGCCCCAGACACUCACUACCCUGUCAUAUCUGAGCUGCCCACCGCAACGGGCCAAUAGGAAGAGGCCAAGUGUCAUUAAAGGGGAGGGACUAAUGAAAGAGCCAAUGGGAAAUGGGGACGAAGGGCUUUAAAGGGAAAGUACAAGUAAACACUCACCGCUGACCAGGACUGGUUUUAACGUUGUGCACUGCGUACAACAAAUUGUUUGUCUCAGGUUUUUAUUUCGUGUUUUUUUUUUUUUACUUCAGUCACAAUUUUGUCAAUUGUUUUUUUUUUUUGCACAAAUUGAAAGAGAGAGUGUGUGAAUGUGUAUUUCUAAUCUCACCGCCCAUUUAAAUCUUGUUUUAUACACUGCAGAUGGGUUUUGACUUGUUUUUCAUUAAAAAUAUUAAAACGUUCUUAAAGCAUUACAUAUUUAGUUUAAGAUAACACUAUAUAAACAGAGAAUAUAUUUCUCACC